AGGGGCUGGCCGAUGGCGGAGGGCGACCAAUAGACGCGGCCAGCCAGAGCGCGCUCCCUCAGUAGGUGGAUGGUGGUCGGAGCGCCGGCUCCCUGCUCCUGGUCGCCAUUUUGUGCUGGUGGUUGCGGCUAGCGGGGAGUAGGCGGCGGCGGGGCUCCCCGGGAGGGCAGCGCGCUCGGCGCUUCGCCCCUUCCUCCCUCCGCCUUGCUGCCUCCAGCUUUGAACUUGGUGGUUGCGCGAAGCGGCUCCUGCUGAGCUGGGCGAGUUGGUGGAGGAGGCUGAGGGCCGAGGUGAUGUCAGGGAGCCCUCCCUUGACAGCCCGAGCCGAGGUGAGCAUCGACCUCCAGUCCCUGCAGGAGGCAUCACCCAGGCUGGCAGAUCAUGGUGGCAGCAGCGGGAGUGGCUGGGAAGUGAAACGGAGCCAGCGGCUGAGGAGGGGCCCUAGCAGCCCCCGAAGGUCCUAUCAGGACAUGGAGUAUGAAAGACGGGGUGGUCGUGGGGACAGGACUGGCCGCUAUGGAGCCACCGACCGUUCCCAGGACGACAGUGGGGAGAACCGCAGCCGGGACCAUGACUACCGAGACAUGGACUACCGCUCGUACCCCCGCGAGUAUGGCAGCCAGGAGGGCAAGCACGACUAUGACGACUCCUCCGAGGAGCAGAGUGCAGAGGAUGCUCUUGCAGCCUCCCCCGGCUCCGAGACUCAGCGUAAGGCGCGGCGCGGCACAGCACAGCCCCCACUGGGCCCCCCGGGCUUCCCCCGAGACGGCGACUAUCGGGACCAGGACUAUCGCACGGAGCAAGGGGAGGAGGAGGAGGAGGAGGAUGAGGAGGAGGAGGAGGAGAAGGCCAGUAACAUCGUCAUGCUGAGGAUGCUGCCACAGGCAGCCACUGAGGAUGACGUACGUGCCCCCCCACGGCCCCGGGCAGGUGGCAGAGCAGGAGGCCAGGCUGGGUUUCCUCCUCCAGGGCCCUCAACUUCUCCCUCACCCUGCCCUCAGCACCUUUCACCCCUUCUCCCCACUGGCUCCCGGCUCCCCGCACUGACCUGGCCUCGGGCAGGCCUUGUCUCCUGGUCUGGAGGAGGAGCGGAGUGGCGGAUAGAUUGGAUGCGGGAGGGAGCAGAGCAUUCCUCCCGCCCAUGCCCCUGGUCCUUCGUCCAUUCUGCGUAUGAAAAAUAUCCUCAGGUGAGGAUUAAAAAAAAGAAAGAAAGAAAGAAAAAGAGAUGUCCUCCCUGCCAUUCCCACAGCACAGGCCAGUCCUCCCCUCCCCCAGACAGUCACCAUGGCCCCUCUCUGCCUCGGCUUUGGCCUGUCUCCUCACCCUCCUUCACCAGCUACAGCAAACCUCUGGUUUCCCCGCAAACCCACACCAAACCAGACUUCCGGGUCUCCUCAGAUCAGACAGCCCUGCUGACCUGCCCAAGCCGAGUGAGCGGUGCCCCUCAGGGCCCCGCUGGUGCCCGGACCCACACACUCACCUGCCCCUCUGUGCUCUUGUGUGGCGUCCAGAACUUCAAACGCCGUGAGAAGUGCUUCAAAUGCGGUGUGCCCAAGUCAGAGGCAGAGCAGAAGCUGCCCCUGGGUGCCAGGCUGGAUCAGCAGACGCUGCCGCUGGGUGGACGGGAGCUGAGCCAAGGCCUGCUCCCCUUGCCGCAGCCCUACCAGGCCCAGGGAGUGCUGGCUUCCCAGUCCCUGUCCCAGGGCUCAGAGCCAAGCUCCGAGAACGCCAACGAAGUGAGUCAGUUGUUUGUUCCUUCUUCCUCCCUGCCCUCGGGUGUCUGGGCUGCGCUGUCCAAGGCCAGAGUGAUGCUGACCAGGACUUACUAGUCGUCCUCCCAGGGAUCUCCAGCUACUCAGCUGCUACAGAUCCUGCAGGCCUGACCGCCGCUCACCAUCGAUGGCAAGACCAUCAACGUUGAGUUUGCAAAAGGUUCUAAGAGGGACAUGGCCUCCAACGAAGGCAGCCGCAUCAAUGCUGCCUCUGUGGCCAGCACUGCCAUUGCUGCGGCCCAGUGGGCCAUCUCACAGGCCUCCCAGGGUGGGGAGGGUGCCUGGGCCACCCCCGAGGAACCAUCGGUCGACUACAGCUACUAUCAACAGGAUGAGGGCUAUGGCGGCAGCCAGGGCACAGAGUCCUCCCUCUAUGCCCAUGGCUACCUCAAGGGCGCCAAGGGCCCUGGCAUGACUGGAGCCAAAGGGGACCCGGCUGGAGCAGGUGCCGAGGCCUCCCUAGAGCCGGGGGCAGAUUCUGUGUCGCUGCAGGCUUUCUCCCGCGCCCAAGCUGGUGCCGCCCCUGGCAUCUACCAGCAGUCGGCAGCCGAGGCCAGUGGCAGCCAGAGCGCUGCUGCCAACAGCCAGCCAUACACCAUCAUGUCACCUGCUGUGCUCAAAUCUGAGCUCCAGAGCCCCACCCAUCCCAGCUCUGCCCUGCCACCAGCCACCAGCCCCACCACCCAGGAGUCCUACAGCCAGUACCCUGUUCCUGACGUCUCCACCUACCAGUACGAUGAGACAUCUGGCUACUACUAUGAUCCUCAGACUGGCCUCUACUACGAUCCCAACUCCCAGUAUUACUACAAUGCUCAGAGCCAGCAGUACCUGUACUGGGAUGGGGAGAGGCGGACCUACGUUCCUGCCCUGGAGCAGUCGGCUGACGGGCAUAAGGAGACAGGGGCGCCUUCUAAGGAGGGCAAAGAGAAGAAGGAGAAGCACAAGACCAAGACGGCCCAGCAGAUCGCCAAGGACAUGGAGCGCUGGGCCCGCAGUCUCAACAAGCAGAAAGAAAACUUCAAAAACAGCUUCCAGCCUAUCAGCUCCCUGCGGGACGAUGAGAGGCGGGAGUCAGCCACCGCAGAUGCUGGCUACGCCAUCCUGGAGAAGAAGGGAGCACUCGCUGAGAGGCAGCACACCAGCAUGGAUCUCCCGAAACUGGCCAGCGACGACCGCCCAAGCCCACCCCGAGGGUUGGUGGCCGCCUACAGCGGGGAGAGUGACAGUGAGGAGGAGCAGGAGCGAGGCGGCCCGGAGCGGGAAGAGAAGCUCACAGACUGGCAGAAGCUGGCCUGCCUGCUCUGCCGGCGCCAGUUCCCCAGCAAGGAGGCGCUCAUCCGGCACCAGCAGCUCUCUGGGCUCCACAAGCAAAACCUUGAGAUUCACCGGCGAGCGCACCUGUCAGAAAAUGAACUAGAAGCACUUGAGAAGAAUGACAUGGAGCAAAUGAAGUACCGGGACCGGGCAGCCGAACGCAGAGAGAAGUAUGGCAUCCCUGAGCCACCAGAGCCUAAGAGGAGGAAGUAUGGUGGCAUGUCUGCCGCCUCCGUAGACUUUGAGCAGCCCACGCGGGAUGGUCUGGGCAGUGACAACAUCGGCAGUCGCAUGCUCCAGGCCAUGGGCUGGAAAGAGGGCAGUGGCCUGGGUCGCAAGAAGCAGGGCAUUGUGACACCCAUUGAGGCCCAGACACGGGUGCGGGGCUCCGGUUUGGGUGCCCGAGGCAGCUCCUAUGGGGUCACCUCCACCGAGUCCUACAAGGAAACAUUGCACAAGACAAUGGUGACCCGCUUUAACGAGGCCCAGUGAGGACCUGUGAGAGCUACUUCGAUAUCUGCUCCUACCAGCCCGGGACGGGAAGAAUGAAAUGUCUGCUGUUCUGAGCAGGGCUCUGCACCUGUCCACCAGCCCACUCCCCAGCCAGACAGGCCCUGACCACGUCAGACUUUGAGUUGGUGACUUGUUGGAAAACUGGGCUAGGAUCAAGUUCUUUUUGUAAUAAAAGCUGAAAAGUCCA